AUGUACAGUGCUGAAGAGUCCAGCACUGCACUCUCAAGCAGUGUAGAGUACAGCGCUGGAGAGUACAGUGCUGUAGAGUACAGUGCUGGAGAAUACAGUGUUGGAGAACACAGUGCUGAAGGGUACAGUGCUGGAGAAUACAGUGCUGGAGAGUACAGUGCUGGAGAGUACAGUGCUGGAGAGCACACUGCUGAAGAGUACAGUGCUGGAGAGCACAGUGCUGGAGAGCACAGUGCUGGAGAGUACAGUGCUGGAGAGCACAGUGCUGAAGAGUACAGUGCUGGAGAGCACAGUGCUGGAGAGCACAGUGCUGGAGAGUACAGUGCUGUAGAGUACAGUGCUGGAGAAUACAGUGCUGGAGAGCACAGUGCUGAAGAGUACAGUGCUGGAGAGCACAGUGCUGGAGAGUACAGUGCUGGAGAGUACAGUGCUGGAGAGCACACUGCUGAAGAGUACAGUGCUGGAGAGCACACUGCUGAAGUGUACAGUGCUGGAGAGCACAGUGCUGGAGAACACAGUGCUGAAGAGUACAGUGCUGGAGAAUACAGUGCUGGAGAAUACAUGCUGGAGAGUACAGUGCUGGAGAGCACAGUGCUGGAGAGCACAGUGCUGGAGAGCACAGUGCUGGAGAGCACAGUGCUGGAGAGCACAGUGCUGGAGAGCACAGUGCUGGAGAGCACAGUAAUCUGCCUAAAGGAGAUCGAUGGAGCACCUGGAGAGGACCAACAAAAGGAAGGCUGUAGCAAUCAUGCCUGCAUCACUUCCCCGCUAAAUUCUUGGGACAACCUUUCUGGAAACUCAGAUAGAAACUGCCCUGAGACUCCAACCUAG